GGGAAAGAGAGAAGAAGAAUCGUCGCGUCUUCAUCCCAAACUUCCACUGUCACCUUCAUCGAUCCUUGUCUGUAUUUAAGAUAAAUGAUGCUUGUCUCCUCUAUAAAUAACAACCACGGUUCUUCUGGUUAAUGAUUAGAAGAACUAAUACGUACAUACACAUUUGUACAUACUAACCACACACACAAAUAUAUAUAACCUAUGAUAUAUUUAGGCAGAAUAAAUCCUCUGUUUUAUACAACAAUGACAAAAACACUUGAGAUUGACAUCAGAUCCGCAGAGGGGCUCAAGAUAAACCGGAGACUUAUCAAGAAGAAAAAGACUUUCGCCGUCGCAAGGAUCGGCGAUAAGUCUCGAAAAACGUAUCUAGACGACUCGGGAGGAAGCAAUCCAACGUGGAACUUCAAGUCGGAGAUGCCAAUGCAAGGGAGUGUAAAGUUCAUCUCCAUUGAGGUAUUUUAUCGAACACGUUGUGGGCGUGAUAAGAAGAUCGGAGAAGCUCCAAUCCCGGCGACGGAUUUCAUGGGUAAGUAUUCUCAUGAAGGACAUUUGAAUUUCUUGACCUAUAGAUUGAGAGAUGAGUAUGGUGAUAAGUGUGGAAUCGUGAAUGUUUCCAUUGUGGUUAAACCCGAUUCCACAGAAACGACAAUGUUCAUGGCUCCUUCUUCUUCUUCGUCUGAACCGCCGUCGAUUGAUGGGUAUGGUGGUCGGAUUGUAACUGGAGUUCCGGUUUGGCGUUUGACAUCAUAAACUGGUGUUUGGUCCCCACCGCUUGCGCUGUAAUACUUCAUGCCCGAGGAAGAAGACGUGUUAUUACAGGAGUAACUUUUUUGGGUGUGUGUUUCAACGGCCGACAUACACUGGUGUUUGGCUUGCACGUCUGUCCUAAGGAUUUUUCCCAAUUCGGAAUUGAGGAAGAAAGAUGUGAUUAGUGUUUUUUCUAUACAAGAAAAAAUGAGUUUGUUGUAUGAAAUUGAUUACGAAUUUCGAAAUAAAGUCGAACUUGUUCUAAAAA